GCGCCUCGCUGGUCGUGCCUGGGGCCCGGGAGCAUGGCCAGCGGCUGCGGGGCGAGGCUGCCGCACAGCAAGGCUCUCACCUCCCCCUACCCCGGCUCGCAGGUGCGGCGCAGCCCGGUGCCCCGGGCCAAGGUGGGCUGGCAGACCGAGUGGGAGGACUACAGACCCGUGGAGUACACUGCCGGGGCUGUCCUGGCUGGACCCAGCUGGGCAGACCCUCAGAUCGAUGAGGAAGGUUUUGCUCCCAAGUUCAACCAGAGGGAUGGAGAAGUGGAUAGGCAGAGCCUGCAUGGCCUCUAUCUGGUGGAGAAUGGGAGGCCCAGGAACCCAGCAGGCAGGACUGGGCUGACAGGCAGAGGGCUGCUGGGGCGCUGGGGGCCAAACCAUGCUGCUGACCCUGUGGUGACCAGGUGGAAGAGAGAUGGAAGUGGCCAGAAGGUUGCUCACCCAGUGAGUGGCAAACACAUCCUGCAGUUCAUAGCCAUCAAGAGGAAGGACUGUGGGGAGUGGGCACUUCCAGGGGGCAUGGUGGACCCAGGGGAGAAGAUCAGUGCCACCCUGAAGAGAGAGUUUGGGGAGGAGGCCUUGAACGCCCUGCAGAAGUCCCCUGAGGAGAAAGCAGAGCUGGAGCAGCAGCUCCAGAAGCUCUUCAGCCAGGAGCACUUCGUGGUGUACAGAGGCUAUGUGGAUGACCCCAGGAACACUGACAAUGCCUGGAUGGAGACUGAGGCUGUCAACUACCACGACGAGACAGGUGAGAGCAUGGAGAAGCUGCCUCUGGAAGCUGGGGAUGAUGCUGGCCUGGUGCAGUGGGUUGACAUCAGUGAGGAGCUGCAGCUGUAUGCCAGCCACAGCCACUUCCUCCAGCUUGUGAGUGAGAAGCUGGGAGCCCACUGGGGGCAGGGCCCUGCUGCUGAGUGCCAGCAGUGAUGGGGGGCAAGGAGCCCAGGGAGGAGCCUCUGGGGUGGGCACUGGGGGGGAUGCAGCUGGCAGCAGCCAGGGAAGGCUUCUGCAGAGCCCUGCAGCUUGCAGCUUUGGCUUCCCCAGCUGCUGUCAGCUGCAGGGGAGGCUCUGCCCUGCUCUGCAUUC